CCACGAAAAUCCCUAAAGACAAAUUACAAAAAAGAAUUUUCAUAACCACCAUACAUUCGCCUCAGUAGAAUAAUUUUUAAGAGAUUUGUUUAUUCAGAAUAUAUGAAAGUUUCUCUUUGAUAGAACUCUUCAUCCAUUUGGCAAAAAAAAGAACAACUUCGGAAUGAGGUUAACUUCCAUGGUUAACCACUAGAGACAAGUUUGUAUCUGCUUACAUUGAUUUUUACUGUUAAUUUGAAAUAAGUCGUUAUAUUAUUCGUGAAAAGAACGUGUAAAAUGGCCCAGAGCAAUAUUCAAGUUAUGCUUGGUUUCGAAGACGAAAUGGUCACUGAUAAAAAUAAACAUCUAGUCAAUUUCAAAACAAAUAAGAUUGGAGGUAAACCUGAUAUACCAAAUAAUAUAAAAUGGGAAAUCCCAAAAUGCUCAUUCUGCCAGCUUCCAAAACCACUUGUCGUUCAAAUUUAUGCCCCGUUAGAAAAUUCCAGAUUUCAUAGAACACUUUAUGUGUUCGCGUGCAUCAAUCCCAACUGUUGGAACCGCAGUGAAAGCUGGACUUGUUUUCGUGUUCAAACGCAAGAGACUUCCCCUGAAGAAUCCACCCAGUUUGUUCCAAAAAUUAACAGUCUGAAUUGGUGCAACGAUGCUGAUGAUUGGGGUGAUGACAACAAUGCCAAUGCAAAUGAAGAAAAUGGCAACAUAAUAAAUGCUGAAAGGAUAUCAGAUGAAGAUGAUGAAAGUUACAGUUUUGAUGAUUCUGUGAGGUCGGUUUUUGAGAACCUUACUGUGGAUGACAGAAAUGCCAAUGUAGGAGCACAGGGCGGAGCAGUGGGCAGACAAAACUCUCCGGGAGCUUCAGCAGAAAUAGAAGGAGAUGAGGGAGAAAUAAUAACUAUUGAUAGUCCAGUAAUGCCACAAAAAGAUAUUAGGGCUCUACUUCAUGAAACUUCACCCUUACCUUCUGAAAUAUGCAGUGGUUCAAGUAAUAUCAGAAGAUGCCCUUCUCUUUACUUCUCAUCGUUUUUCAUGAGUGUUUGGGAAGAAUCCAACAACUCCCUUAAGUCGAACGAUGUGCACGUCAAGGAGCUGUGGCAGGAAUAUCAACAAAAAGAAGAUAUAAAUGCCAUGAAUAUAGAGCCCAACGAUGGAGGUGGAGGAGGACAUGAAAAUUAUGAAAAAAGUGUGCCUGCUCAUGGAGAUAAGAUUGUCCACUAUUUUCUCUCCAGAUUGCAGAAAAAUCCUGGUCAAAUAUUGAGGUAUAGCCGUGAAGCGGAAAAACCUCUCCUGUUACAUCCCCAGCAGGAGACCGUGUUGAAGUGCCAGUAUUGUCAAGAAGACAGGAUAUUUGAAUUUCAGGUUUUAUCCACAAUAAUUCCCAAACUGAGAUUAACGGCUGACCAUAAGCCAUGUAGUCGUUUGGAUUUUGGUACGGCCUUGAUCUACACUUGUAGAAAUAGUUGUUGGGCUUCCGAUAAUGAAGCUAGAUUGGAGACUGUUAUUGUACAGAAAGAAAUGUAUUAGUUUCCCAGGUGAACUGGGUAAGUCGAUAUUCUACUCCAGUCCUCAAAAUGAAUAGUUGCUUUAAGCAUGCCGUUCAACUUUGGAUAGUUUUACCCAAUUUUUGAGGUUUCCAGAUAACCAUCCGAGUAAUUUUUGAUCACUUGUAGUCUUUUGCUGAGAAACUGUUAUGUUAAAGUAGAAGUUAUUUAUAUAGUCGGCUGAUUCACACUCAAGUAGUCAAUUACUUCACAAACCAUUAACGUAACUUUCCAAGCUUCGUUUCCUAUUGAAAGUGUAAAAGUGAUAUCGUAUCUUCCACUGAAGAUGUAAAAUGUAAAUUCGCAAUACAGAUCUAUCGAAAACGAGAUUUUUCGUCCAUAAAAGUGACUUUAAGGAAUAUUCCAUUUUUAACGAAUUUAAUCUGGCGAAAUUAAUUGUUUUUCGGGUAUAAUAUAAAUGUUAGACGAUAAAAUAAUAUUUAAUACCUUUUGACACUACACUGAAUUUCAUAAUUAGAAACAGUUCCGUCGAAUAUUUGUUGCCAUUCCAACUGGAUGUAAUUAUAUGUAGGUAGUAUAUAUCUACUACUAAGAUUAAAUUCUUCCCAAACA